AUGGGUUCCAUGCAGCAGCAGAAAGAGAUCGCUACUCUCAACAGUCUGGCUGAUCAGAUCAAGGAGCUGGCCGCCAAAUUGACGAAACAAGUUGAGGAGGAAAAUAUACCACCAAUAACCCUCGAAGCGGACAGCCCGACAAGGUACGAGCGCAUUCCGCGCGACAUGUUCAUGACGCGCCAGCUUCUCGAGGACGCGCUCAAAGACAUGUGGAUUCUCAGUCAAGGCCCGAGCGAUAGCGUGUUCAACUACGUGCACACGACCGUGCCUGACGUUUCAUGUCUAAACCUCCUUAACCAGUUCGACUUCUGGAAUGCGGUACCACUCGACGGUGAAGCUAGCUUCGAGGAGGUUGCCAAACGCGUACAGCUACCGGUAGACGUUGUAUCACGUGUUUUUGACCACGCAACUACAAUGCGUUUCUUCACAAAGCCCUCGCCGUUCGCGACUUCUGUCCGACACACAUCGCGAUCGGCGGCUCUUGCCAAAGAACCAGGCCUGGCUUCCCUAGUGUCUAUUGUCAUUGAGGAGACGGCUGCGCCGAUGCUCCUCCUGCCCGAGGCAUUGCGGCAGUUUAGCCAGGGCAAGACCGAGCUUACUAAGAAUAUGAAGGAGACCGCGUUCAAGUUAUGCCGUUCUGGUGGCAUAUGGGGCGAGUGGGAAAACAGUUGGGACUUCAUCGAGAAUGACGGAGUACCGGAGGGUCAGGCUGGAUAUGAGAAGAGGACAAAAGGGUGGAGGCAGAGGAACUUUAUCAAGUUCAUGGCGUAUAUCAAGGAUCUGUUCAAUACUGAGGACCUUGUGUAUAACGCGCUGGAUUGGGCUGGUGCGGGCGACAUAACGGUUGUGGAUAUCGCCGGCUCAGCCGGCCAUGACUCUGCAGCUCUAGCCCGCAAAUUCCCGAAUCUCAAGAUCGUAGUUGAAGAUCUUCCAGAAGUCGCAACCGUCUUCGAAAAGGAAUUCCCACACGACCUGCGCGACCGCGUGUCGUUUAAAACUCACAACAUGUUCGACCCGCAGCCCGUUAGUGCAGAUAUCUACAUGCUCAAAUGGGUUCUUCAUGACUGGCCUGAUGUCGAGUCUGUUGCAGUCCUGCGUGCCCUAAUUCCUGCGCUUAAGCCCGGUGCGAGAAUCUUGUUCAUCGACUACGUGGGCAAGCGUAGCCCGAGCGAAAUCGUGCUUCCAAGGAGCAUUGAGGCUCACGGUACUGCUACUGAUUUGCGCAUGAUGACGAUGUUUAAUGCGGCAGAGAGGCCGGCGGAGGCGUUCAAGGAGAUCUUCGAGAAGGCGGAUGAGAGGUUCGAGGUUAAGAGAGUAGACGCGGACCUGUACAUGUGUGUAAUCGAGGCUGUUUGGAGGGGAUAA